ACAAAGUCCGCGGGGCCGCCUCCCGGUGCCGGAGCGCAGCGUGCCCGGCGGCCGGACUUGCUGCCGGGCGAGCCGUCUCCCCGCGGAACCCGAGGCGCCCCGACAUGGCCGAGGGCGCGGCUGAGUGGGAGGGUCCCGCGCUGCCCGACGCGGCCGGCGGCGAAGACGACCCCCGGGCGGGCCCGGAAGGCGGCCCCGGGGACGGCGGGGCGGCGGCGCCUGCGGGCCGGUGGAGGGACCGGCGCAGCGGGGUGGUGCUGCCGGGCGCCGCCGGGACCCCGGCGGACGGCGAGGCUGGCCUCCUGGAGGCGGCGCGGGCGACCCCCCGGCGCAGCAGCAUCAUCAAGGAUCCCGCGAACCAGAAGGGCGGCGGCCGGAAGAAGACCGUGUCCUUCAGCAGCAUGCCGUCGGAGAAGAAGGUCAGCAGCGCCAGCGACUGCAUCAGCUUCAUGCAGGCCGGCUGCGAGCUCAAGAAGGUGCGGCCCAACUCGCGCAUCUACAACCGCUUCUUCACCCUGGACACCGACCUCCUCGCUCUCCGCUGGGAGCCGUCCAAGAAGGACCUGGAGAAAGCCAAGCUUGACAUCUCGGCUGUCAAAGAGAUCAGGCUGGGCAAGAACACGGAAACGUUCCGGAACAACGGCCUCGCCGACCAGAUCUGCGAGGACUGUGCCUUUUCCAUUCUCCACGGGGAAAACUACGAGUCCCUGGACCUGGUGGCUCACUCGGCCGACGUGGCCAACAUCUGGGUGUCGGGGUUACGGUACCUGGUUUCUCGGAGCAAGCAGCCCCUCGAUGUCAUGGAGGGCAACCAGAACACGCCCAGGUUCAUGUGGUUGAAAACGGUGUUUGUGGCAGCCGACGUGGAUGGGAAUGGGAUCAUGUUGGAGGACACCGCGGUGGAGUUGAUCAAACAACUCAACCCCACCCUGAAGGAAUCCAAGAUCAGGUUAAAGUUCAAGGAAAUCCAGAAGAGCAAGGAGAAGCUCACCACCCGCGUGACCGAGGAGGAGUUUUGUGAAGCUUUCUGUGAACUUUGCACCCGGCCGGAAGUGUACUUCUUACUCGUGCAGAUAUCUAAAAACAAGGAGUACCUGGACGCCAAUGACCUGAUGCUCUUUCUGGAAGCCGAGCAAGGAGUCACCCAUAUCACCGAGGACAUGUGCUUGGACAUCAUUCGGAGAUACGAGCUUUCCGAAGAGGGGCGUCAGAAAGGAUUCCUUGCCAUCGAUGGCUUUACCCAGUAUCUGUUGUCACCGGAAUGCGACCUUUUCGAUCCGGAGCAGAAAAAGGUCGCCCAGGAUAUGACCCAGCCGUUAUCCCACUACUACAUCAGCGCCUCGCACAACACCUAUCUCAUCGAGGACCAGUUCCGGGGGCCGGCUGACAUCAACGGGUACGUUAGAGCUUUGAAGAUGGGCUGCCGCAGCAUUGAGCUCGAUGUGAGUGACGGUCCAGACAGCGAACCGGUCCUCUGUAACCGAAACAACACGAGCACACAGCUGUCCUUCCGAAGUGUCCUGGAGGUGAUCAACAAGUUUGCCUUCGUGGCUUCUGAGUACCCGCUCAUUCUGUGCCUGGGGAACCGCUGCUCGCUCCCCCAGCAGAAGGCGAUGGUCCAGCAGAUGAGAAAGGUCUUCGGCCCUACACUCUACACCGAAGCCCCUUCGCCGUCAGAAGCCUACCUCCCAUCACCCGAGAAACUGAAAAGGAGGAUCAUCGUGAAAGGGAAGAAACUGCCUCCCGACUCAGAGGCUUCGGAAGGAGAGGUGACAGAUGAAGACGAAGAAGCCGAAAUAUCCCGAAGGAUGUCGGUGGAUUACAAUGGUGAGCAGAGACACAUCUGGCUGUGCCGGGAGCUCUCCGACUUGGUGUCGAUUUGCCAGUCUGUUCAGCACAGGGAUUUCGAACUGUCCCUGAGAAGCCAAAACUACUGGGAGCUGUGCUCCUUCAGCGAGUCGGAGGCCAGCCGCAUCGCAAACGAAUACCCGGAGGAUUUUGUGAACUACAACAAGAAGUUCUUAUCCAGAAUCUACCCCAGUGCCAUGAGGAUUGACUCCAGUAACUUGAACCCACAGGACUUCUGGAACUGUGGCUGCCAGAUCGUGGCGAUGAAUUUCCAGACGCCGGGCCCGAUGAUGGACCUCCACACGGGCUGGUUCCUCCAGAACGGGGGCUGCGGCUACGUGCUCCGGCCGUCCGUCAUGCGGGACCAAGUGUCCUACUUCAGCGCCAACACGAAGGGCGUGGUCCCGGGGGUGUCUCCUCUCGCCCUUCACAUCAAGGUCAUCAGCGGCCAGAACUUCCCCAAGCCCAAGGGGGCGUGCGCCAAAGGCGAUGUCAUCGACCCCUACGUGUGCAUAGAGAUCCACGGGAUUCCAGCGGACUGCGCGGAGCAAAGAACGAAGACCGUGCAGCAGAACAGCGACAACCCCAUCUUCGAUGAGACCUUUGAGUUUCAGGUGAACCUCCCGGAGCUGGCCAUGAUCCGCUUCGUGGUUCUGGACGACGACUACAUCGGGGACGAGUUCAUCGGGCAGUACACCAUCCCCUUCGAGUGUCUGCAGCCCGGCUACCGGCACGUGCCCCUGCGCUCCUUCGUGGGGGACGUCAUGGAGCACGUGACCCUCUUCGUCCACACGGCCAUAACCAACCGCAGCGGCGGCGGCAAGGCGCAGAAGCGCAGCCUCUCGGUGAGGAUGGGCAAGAAAGCCCGCGAGUACACCAUGCUCAGGAACGUCGGUCUCAAGCCCAUCGACGACGUCUUUAAAAUAGCGGUGCAUCCCUUACGAGAAGCCAUAGACCUGAGGGAGAACAUGCAGAACGCCAUCGUGUCCGUGAAGGAGCUGUGUGGCCUUCCUCCCAUUGCCAGCCUGAAGCAGUGCCUGUUGACUCUGUCCUCGCGGCUCAUCGCCAGUGACAACACUCCCUCCGUCUCCCUUGUGAUGAAGGACAGCUUUCCUUAUCUGGAGCCGCUGGGGGCGAUUCCAGACGUGCAGAAAAAGAUGCUGGCUGCUUAUGAUCUGAUGAUUCAGGAGAGCCGGUUUCUCAUAGAAAUGGCUGACACAGUCCAGGAAAAGAUUGUGCAGUGCCAGAAAGCAGGGAUGGAGUUCCACGAGGAACUUCAUAAUCUGGGGGCAAAAGAAGGCUUGAAAGGAAGAAAACUCAACAAGGCCACGGAGAGCUUUGCGUGGAACAUUACAGUGCUGAAGGGCCAAGGAGACCUGCUGAAGAGCGCGAAGAACGAAGCUCUGGAGAACAUGAAGCAGAUCCAGCUGGCGUGCUUGUCCUGCGGGCUCAGUAAGGCCCCCGGCGGCACAGCCGAGGCCAAGGGCAAGCGCAGCCUGGAAGCCAUCGAGGAGAAGGAAGGUGGCGAGGAGAACGGGAAGCUGCGGCCCUGAGCAGCGCCGCCGAGUGCACCGUCCUUUGUGUCAAAGACUGUUUUUUUCCUUCUGGUUUUCUUUCCUGAAGCUUUUUAGACUUUCACAAAAAGAUGCCAUCUUUGGGAUGUUGGAUGUAAACAGGUAUUUUCACAAUGUCAGUAUUUUAAUGUAGUUAAUUUAUCUAAGUUAAACUGCUUAGUAGUAGUGUUUUAAAUUCUGAGAUGUGUGAACACACCCAUGUGUGGAUGUGGG